UCAGAUCAGAUGAGUCCUUCAGCAGACGGAGGAGGAGGAGGAGAGACGAAGCUCAGUGGGAAUCGAACCGUCGACCUGCUCCAGACGUUCAGCUCAUCUUCAUUAACCAACAUCAGGAAGCUGCUGAGGACGACUGAGGAAGACGAGCAGUGUGGUCCUCUCAGGUGUGCAUCUCCAUGGCGACAGGCGUGUGUGUGUUGCUGAGCGUGUGGGUCGGUGUGUGCGCGGCGUUCAACCUCGACACGUCGUUCCCGCUGCUGAAGACGGGCGGAGACGGAAGUCUGUUCGGACUGUCUGUCGCUCUGCACCGAGACCUGAGGACAGACACUCACCUGCUAUUGGUCGGAGCUCCCAGGGAGAAGGCGGAGCCUAACGUUCCAGCCAAUCGAACAGGAGGAGUGUACAGCUGCCCGAUCACCGCUGACCAAUCAGAGUGCAGCAGGAUGCAGCUAAUAGACCCAGACCUGAAUCCGUCUGAGGACCUGAUUGAGGACAUGUGGUUGGGCGUCUCAGUAGCCAGUCAGGGCCGACCUGGGGGGAGGGUCCUGGCGUGCGGUCAUCGCUUCGUUAAACUCUACGGAGCGUUCAAACUCAGACACAUGAUUGGCCGCUGUUAUCUCCGUGGAAACGACCUGCAGUACAACGACACGGACUCUCACUGGCAGAAAACCGGCCAGCCCUGCAAUCACCUGGGUGAUGUCAGCAGUGAGGUCAUGUGUAACAUGGGGAUCUCUGCCUCCAUCACUCAGACUGAAGUGAUCGUCGGCUCACCUGGAAGCUACGAGUGGCAAGGAAACGUCCACGUGUCCUGGAUGAAUCCGGACGACGUCUACGACACCCAGAGGAGCUCCUUCCCCAACCUGCAGCGCCGCAACAUUUAUAUAGGAUAUUCGGUCACUCAGGCUCGUCGUCUUCUCUCUCAGGACGAUGAAACCAUAGUAACAGGAGCUCCUAAGGACAGUAAAGAGGACGCUCGUGGCUCGGUGCUGCUGGCCGUGAAGCGGUCUAAUAAACUGAUGACUCAGCAGACGCUGCGCGGCGAACAGAUGGGCUCCUACUUUGGCAACGCCGUGGCAACCGCCGACCUCAACAACGAUGGGUGGACCGACCUGCUGGUGGGCGCUCCUUUUUACUUCCAUCGUCAGCAGGAGGCGGGCGGGGCCGUGUACGUUUUCAUGAACGCAGGAGGUCGGUUGGAUUCUGGUCCCAGCGCGGUGCUGAGAGGACCGGCCGGGUCGGCGUUCGGUAUGGCUGUAGCUGCUGCCGGAGACCUGAACCAGGACGGCUUCCAGGACUUCGCAGUCGGAGCUCCUUUCCAUGAAACAGGAAGUGUGAUGAUCUGGACCGGGAGCAGCGAGGGGGUCUCUACAGAACCGAGCCAGGUGAUCCGGGGCAGCCGGGUCUCUGCUGGGUUCAGGACCUUCGGCUACUCUCUGUCUGGAGGUCUGGAUGUGGACGGGAACAGAUACCCGGACCUGCUGGUCGGAUCUCUGGACGACACCAUCGCUCUGCUCCGAACUCGUCCAGUCGUUCACCUCAACAGAACCAUCAGAGUUUCUCCAGACGUCGUCGACCCGAACAGCUGUGACUUCUGUAUCCAGGUGGAGGUGUGUUUCUCCUUCAUGUUCAGCACCGGAGUGAAGAGCGACAGAGACAACAUCACCGUCCACUUCACUGUCACCGCUGACGUCACCAGCCUCAAGCCCCGCCUCCGUUUCCGGGACAACGGGCAGAGCGUGUACUCCGGUUACCUGUCAAUGCCGAAAAAACAAUGUGAAACCCUGAGAGUGGGACUGCUGAGUCCGAUCCGAGACAAAGUGGAACCUCUGGUGUUCUCUCUGAACGUCUCUCUGUACGAGAAGCUUCCCAGGAAAAGAAACACCGUGCAGGACCUGAAACGCCUCCCUGUACUGAGCCAGACACCCCAACCCAUCGGAACCCAGAUCCACAUCCAGAAGGCCUGUGGUUCUGAUAACCGUUGCCAUAGUAAUCUGCAGAUGAUAGCCCAGUUCACGGAUGAGAACCAGAAACCCUUCACCAUGCAGAAGGGCAGUCAGGUGUUGUACUACGACGCCAGCAUUAACCGAGUGUUUCUGGAGGUAAACAUCAGCAACACACCGUCACUGGACCGACCUGCAGAGGAUGCUCACAAUGCCGUUUUAAACAUUAGCAUCCCACCAUCACUCGUAUACUCCGGAGUUCGAACGAAGGGUGACAUCCAGGUGGGGGUGGAGUGUUCUGUUGAGGACUCUGUUCUUCUGUGUGAGCUGGGGAACCCGUUCAAAAGCAACCAGAGGGUUCAGGUGUUGAUCAUAUUUCAGCCGUCUGAGAUCAGUUUAGACACCAGAGAGAUUCAGUCUCUGCUGCAGCUGUCAACGCUCAGUGAGCAGUCAGAUCUGUUUCCUGUCUCUGUCUCCAUGUUGGUGGAGUAUUCACUGCAGACAUCUCUCACUCUAAUCAGUCCGCCGGGCCCCGCCUCCUUCAGUGGUCAUGUGGUCGGUGAGUCAGCCAUGAAGAAGACGGAGGAUGUCGGCAGUCUGCUGCUCUUCACCUUCCAGGUGCACAUCAGCGGUAAGCCGCUGGGUCGCCUAGGUAACCUGCAGGUGGAGUUCGAUUGGCCAAGGGAGGUGUCCAAUGGGAAAUGGCUGCUGUACCUCACAGAGAUCCAAGUGAACGGCACAUCAGAGUCUCGCUGUGCUCCGCCCGGCAACAUCAUCAACCCGCUCAACCUCGUGCUGUCAAAGGAGGAGAAGAGUCUGGAGGAGGAGGUGAAGGAGAAGAAGAAGAGGAGUCUGGAGGAGGUGAAGAAGAAGAAGAAGGAGCAGAUAGAAGAAACUCUACCUGUCCUCCACCUGCAGGGACAGAAAAAGAAGUCCUACACUCUGGAUUGUGUGCACGGCGCUAACUGUGUGACGUUCGUCUGUCCACUCAACAACAUGAAGAACUCAGCGACUCUGACUGUCAGAGCCCGACUGUGGAACUCCACCAUGAUGGAGGACUACAGCGAUGCGAGGAGUGUGUUGGUCCGAGGCCGGGCAACUCUGAAGCUGCAGACCAACAAACCGACCGUCAACAUGGAGCCUCACAGCUCAGAGAUUGAAGUUUACAUUUAUCCGGACCCUGGGCAGCAGGUGGACUCCAGCGCCCCUCUGUGGAUCGUGGUGAUGUCUGUCCUGGCUGGAGUCUUACUGCUGGCUGUGAUCUGCCUGCUGCUCUGGAAGUGUGGUUUCUUCGUGCGGCGGAGGGCGUGGCGGGCUGCGGCGCUCCACCAGGGGAGGAUUCUGGGUAAAGACGAGCAGCAGCAACAGACGGACUGUGACGGUUUCCUGAUACAAGACCACGUCUCCUCGUCCAGAACCAGGAAGUCUCCCAAAAACUGGGUCACCUGGACUGAGACGCACUGAGGGGCUGAACCGGUCCAAACCAGACCAACACACCCUGAACCGGACCAAACCAGACCAACACACCCUGAACCGGACCAAACCAAACCACCACACCCUGAACUGGACCAGACCAAACCAGACCACCACACCCUGAACUGGACCAGACCAAACCAGACCAACACACCCUGAACUGGACCAGACCAAACCAAACCACCACACCCUGAACUGGACCAGACCAAACCAGACCAACACACCCUGAACCGGACCAAACCAAACCACCACACCCUGAACUGGACCAGACCAAACCAGACCAACACACCCUGAACCGGACCAAACCAGACCAACACACCCUGAACCAGACCAAACUAGACCACCACACCCUGAACCGGACCAAACCAGACCAACACACCCUGAACCAGACCAAACCAGACCACCACACCCUGAACCGGACCAAGCCAGACCAACACACCCUGAACCAGAACAACACACCCUGCACCGGACCAAACCAGAGCAACACACCCUGAACCAGACCAAACCAGACCAACACACCCUGAACCAGAACAACACACCCUGAACCGGACCAAACCAGACCAACACACCCUGAACCAGACCAAACCAGACCACCACACCCUGAACCGGACCAAACCAGACCAACGCACCCUGAACCAGACCAAACCAGACCAACACACCCUGAACCAGAACAACACACCCUGAACCGGACCAAACCAGACCAACACACCCUGAACCAGACCAAACCAGACCACCACACCCUGAACUGGACCAAACCAGACCAACACACCCUGAACCAGAACAACACACCCUUAACCGGACCAAACCAGACCAACACACCCUGAACUGGACCAAACCAGACCAACACACCCUGAACCGGACCAACACACUCUGAACCGGACCAAACCAGACCAACACACCCUGAACCGAACCAAACCAGACUAACACACCCUGAACCAGACCAAACCAGACCAACACACCCUGAACCGGACCGAACCAGACCAACACACCCUGAACCGGACCGAACCAGACCAACACACCCUGAACCGGACCAAACCAGACCAACACACUGCCAUCUAUUAGCUGCUGGACUGUGUGUGUGUGUGUGUGUGUGUGUGUGUGUGUGUGUGUGUGUGUGUUUCCAGCGGAUGUAAAUAUGAAUAAUUACCAGGUUUAUUAUGUUUAUAUAUUACCGUGUUGUUUAUUUUGUAUCUGUAUUUGUAGUUUUUAAUGUGUUUCUAUACCUGUGAACUGCGUUUCCCAGCAACCUCCUUGCCUCUGAAUGACAUUAAUACAGACGCCAUGUUGUCUGCUGUUCAUGUGUUUCUGGGAUUUGAGGUGUUUUAUUCAUAUAAACGUGUUUAGUCGGUAUUGAUCGUCACCGUGGAAACCAAACAGCGUGUCAGAUCAAUCAGACUGAUCAGUGAUCAGCAUUUAUAGAUAAAGGGCUCAAUAAUGAAUCCUGUAAGAACCGGUCGUGUCAGCAGAGGUCAGAGGAGGUCAGCGGAGCUCAGUGGAGGUCAGAGGAGGUCAGAGGAGGUCAGAUGAGGUCAGUGUCGACGGUUAUGUGUCUUAAUGUGUUCUGAUGAUGUCGUGUUUAAAUGCUGCCUUCAAGGGCUCCUCGUAAACUAAGAAAAAAACGCUUGUGUUGCUUUCAGGUGCUGAAGGAUCCUGUAACUGUUUAGUUGUAGGUUUAUUUUGGAAUCUACCAGCCGACUGUUAACGUAGACUCUUCUACACGCCUGUGUCCUCUCAAUGCCUUUUUUAUAGAGUUGUGAUAAUUCUGAAAGCACCUGAAGGCAGCGUCUGUUUGUGUGUUUACAUCAGGUGAACUGUGUGUGUGUGUGUGUGUGUGUGUGUGUGUGUGACAGCGUGUUUCCUGUUUGUUGACGAUAUUAAAGUAUUUUUUGAUA